CCAUUGAUUAUUUUGGAAAUCGGGAUUGUCACUGUCGGCCUUUGUCUUUUCGGUGUCGUUGCCGGUCUCAUCCAGAAAUAUACGCACCGGUACAAGUACCUUCCAAGUCUCUGGUCUUUGCUUGCGUAUUCUGGGUCAAUCCUUGGUUUACUGUCAAACCCGCGGUCAUUUCACUUAAAUUGUUCCUCAACAUUAGCCUUCGAACGAAUACCUGACUCAUGAUCAUCUAGUGAUGCCUAUAUGGUGAAGGGCCCUGUCCUCAUCAGUUGCGGCGGCGCGUUCUCAGUAUUGUCGGUAGUCAAAUCGCUACUCAAGCUUCUGUUCCCCAUGCAAACAUGGCCCUCGCCAUGGCUCUUUUGGCUCUAUGGACUCGUAUCGGUGGUGCUAUCGGCUCUGUUAUCUCCCGCUGCGAUUUGGACCGACCAACUUCCCAAGCAUCUCCAAGCCAACCUUGGGCAGUACAUGAACAGCACCCAGCUCGCUACCAUCUAUGGCUCUAUCGCCAAGGCGCGAGCUGUGACUGAGCACCGUGACCUGGUGAUCAAAAGCUACCUCGAUACCGCCUGGUAUCUCGAAGUCCCUACUCUUUGCUUGUGUUGUUCCUCUCGCUGCUGGUCUUUUGACUUCCAACUUCUGGCUUGGUGACUCCCAUAACGCCAUUGAGGUCGUGAAGAAGAUUGUGAUCAGGUCCGAAGAGGAGACUCGUGAGGAAGUCUUCAGCGAAAAGGUCAAGGCGACAGAAGAGAGAAUCAGGAUGGAGGUUGGGAGGCUCUAAAUGCAAAGAAGAAUGUUCAGUUUACUGUAAACUAUUGGCAUAAUCAGGUUGAGGUUUGGGGUUAUAUUAUUUCUUUCCAUAAUAGACUUCAGCGCCAAAUAUGGAAUCGUUUGGCAGUCGUCAGAGG